UUUAUUUCACAUCUCACUCUUCUCUCCUUCCUAAAAAUAAUGCACCUUUUUGUGCCCAAAAUUCACAUAAAGUUUGAAACAAGAGAACAACUCUCCCUUCUUUUAUCGCGCGGCAUAAAAUACGAUUGAAAUUCUUUUAUUUUUCCCCCUAACCCUUUUUUCCUCUUUUCCUUACAAUUUUUAUUUUUAUCCUCAAAGACCGUUAUUUUAAAAAAAAGUUUUUUUAUUUGUUCUUCAUUCACGCCUUUUCUUCUCUACAAAAAUAUGUUAACAACAACAAAUAUUCCUUCAAAUAAUUUUCAAAACCAUUUAACAAACCCCAAACAUUCUUCUAACAUUCCUGAUCGCCCUUCUUCUUCUUUCAAUUUUUCUUCUUCAUCUUCUUCAUCUUCUAUUAAUUCUUUAUCUUCAUCAAAACGAAAAAAGCAAAAUGGUGUUUGGUGGGGAAUUUUGGAAGAAAAAGAAGAAGAAAAUAAAUUUAAUUAUUUUGAUUCUCGUUCAUCAUUAUUAUUAAAUAAAAAUAACAGAUAUUUAAAUCAUCGUUCUUCUUCUCUAAUUCUUCAUAGAAAUGGAACUUUUCGACAAAAAGGACCGGCGCAAAAAAUUAUAUCUGUUGAAAGACCACCAAUUUAUUAUUAUUUAUUUAAAAGAAAUUAUAUUAAUUUACGCGCACAUAAAAGUGAGAAAAGAAAAAAUAAAUGUUCUAUAGUCCAACAACGAUUGUACAGUGAGACCUUUGUAGUUGGAAUAAUUAAGUUCUCUCAGAGUUUAAAGCCUAAAUGUUUCUAUUUGUGCUCGUAG